AUGGACCGCAAAAGACCGGUCCUAGGUGGUUCGGUUCGGUUCCCUCAAUAUCUGGCCUUGAAUGGUGCACUCAAAGGCAAUACUCGUUACCGAUUUGCCUUUACAGAAGGGGGUUAUCGCAGCUACCACGGACGUCGCCCCAAGAGAGGGGGCCGCUCUGCAGCGGACGAUCGGACAACCAUGUUGGACAAAGAAACAGGAUUUUGGGUCCCAAUCCCAGCGAAUUACACGGCCCCUCACACGCCAGAAGAUCUCAUUGAGGCAGAGAACGACAUACGCAUUCAGGAUCGUCGUUGCAUCGCAUAUGUCCACCCAGAGACUCGCAAAGCCUUCAAGGAACUCAAUGCCUCUCGUGAGCCCGGCGAUCCGGAGAUCCACCCUCUCCACGUUUAUGAUAUUUCAGAGGGGGAAGAGGCAGCGUUGGUGGCAGGCCUCAAAGGGGAAGAGGCAGCCUACAAGUUCCGAAAGCCCUGGGAGGAGGGCCACAGCCGCUACCAAGGCUCCUUACCUCAAGAAGGUGCCCAAAAUGCUGCAGAUAGGCGUACGGAAAUGUGGGACAACGAAACACAGAUGUACUGCAUGCUCCCUGCGGGUUACAUGGCCCCACACGACCCCCAGGACUAUGUUGACGCUGUCAACCAUGAACUGGCUCGAGCUGAGCAGCAUCGUCGCUCUGCAAUUAUUCUUGCACGUCGCCAACUUCGUCCACGUAAGGAAGAAGGGAAGAAGGAGAAAGUCACAGCAUUAGAGGACUGGGAAGCCCCAGAUCCCAUGAUCGAGAGUGACGUCACUGGGUCCGAUUAUGAAGAGGGACGGCUGGUGAAGGCUUGGACAAUGACAACUGGUCCUGGUAUUGGAAGACAUGACAAGUUGCUCUGGUAG